ACUAGCUUCUUAGUCACCUUGCUCUUCUCCCCGCUUUGGCAGCAGCCCCUCAGGGCAAGGGGAAGCUGAUAUCAUAAUUAUUGGCUCACCCAGCAGCUGCCUCCCCUCACCUGAUGUCAGCACAGACCCAGGACGGCCGAGCUGACGGACUGACAGACAGACGGAGCUCCUGGCCCCCCAGACCCCGGCCCCCACGCCGACCUGCUUCACUGAGCAGCUCAAGGGAGAAUCAGGAAGUGGGCCGGCUUUCUUCGAGGCCAGGACCCGGUGAUGGUGUCGCUACUCCCGCCGCAGUCUGACGUCACGCUGCCGAGCCCCACCAGACUGGAGGGCGAGCCCCAAGGGGACCUCAUGCAGGCUCCGGGCCUCCCAGGCUCACCAGCCCCACAGAACAAGCACGCCGGCUUCAGCUGCUCGUCGUUUGUGCCCGAUGACCCUCCAGAGAGGGCACCCUCACUGCCCCCACACAGCCCCAGCAUCGCGUCACCAGGUCCCGAGCAAGUCCACUGCCCCGCCGGCCCUGGCCUGGGCCCCUUCCAGCUCUCACCCUUGGACAAGUACCCCGGCUUCGGCUUUAAAGAGGGCCCAGCAAGCAGCCCUGGGCGCUUCCUCAAGGGCAGCCACGUGCCUUUCCACCCAUAUAAGCGGCAUUUCCAGGAGGACGUCUUCCCGGAGGCCCAGACCGCCCUGGCCCUCGAUGGACACGCCUUUAAGACCCCAGGGGCGCUGGAAACUUUCGAGGAGAUCCCCGCGGAUGUGGGGGAGGCUGAGGCCUUCCUGCCCAGCUUCCCAGCCGAGGCCUGGUGCAACGGGCUCCCCUACCCGAGCCAGGAGCACAGCCCCCAAGUCCUGCAGGGGUCGGAAGUCAAGGUCAAGCCCCCAGCUCUGGAGAGUGGUCCCGGGGUGUACUGUUACCAGCCUCCCUUGCAGCCCAUGUACUGUCCUUCCCAGCCCCCCUUCCACCAGUACUCACCAGGUGGCAGCAGUUACCCUGUACCCUACCUGGGCUCCUCACACUAUCCGUACCAGCGGAUCGCACCCCAGGCCAGCACCGACGGGCACCAGCCUCUCUUUCCAAAACCCAUUUACUCCUACAGCAUCCUCAUCUUCAUGGCCCUUAAGAACAGUAAAACCGGGAGCCUUCCUGUCAGCGAGAUCUACAAUUUUAUGACGGAGCACUUUCCUUACUUCAAGACGGCACCUGAUGGCUGGAAGAAUUCUGUCCGCCAUAACCUGUCUCUUAACAAGUGCUUCGAGAAGGUAGAGAACAAAUCGGGAAGUUCCUCUCGCAAGGGCUGCCUGUGGGCCCUCAAUCCGGCCAAGAUCGACAAGAUGCAGGAGGAGCUGCAGAAGUGGAAGAGGAAAGACCCCAUCGCCGUGCGCAAGAGCAUGGCCAAGCCAGAAGAGCUGGACAGCCUCAUUGGAGACAAGAGGGAGAAGCUGGGCUCCCCACUGCUCGGCUGCCCCCCACCUGGGCUGACAGGCUCGGGCCCCAUCCAGCCCCUGGCACCUCCAGCUGGGCUCUCCCAGCCGCUGCACUCCAUCCACCCAGCUCCAGGCCCUAUUCCUGGCAAGAAUCCCCUGCAGGACCUACUUGGGGGGCCCGCGCCCUCCUGCUACGGGCAGACAUAUUCGCACCUCUCACCGGGCCUGGCCCCUCUCGGACCUCCGCAACCAUUGUUCCCGCAGCCAGAUGGGCACCUUGAGGUGCGGGCCCAGCCGGGCACCCCCCAGGACUCGCCUCUGCCUGCCCACACACCACCCAGCCACAGCGCCAAGCUGCUGGCUGAACCUUCCCCCGCCAGGACCAUGCAUGACACCCUGCUGCCCGACGGAGACCUUGGCACUGACCUUGAUGCCAUCAACCCCUCUCUCACCGACUUUGACUUCCAGGGAAACCUGUGGGAACAGCUGAAGGAUGACAGCCUGGCCCUUGACCCCUUGAUACUGGUGACCUCAUCCCCGACAUCCUCUUCAAUGCCACCCCCCCCACCCCCACCCCACUGCCUUCCUCCUGGGCCCUGCCUGGCAGAGACAGGUAGUGGGGCAGCUGACUUGGCACCACCAGGCAAUGGGGGCUCCGGGGCACUGGGUGACCUGCAUCUCACCACCCUCUACUCGGCCUUCAUGGAGCUGGAGCCCCCGCCCCCCACGGCCCCUGCUGGCCCCUCUGUGUACCUCAGCUCCAGCUCCAAGCCCAUGGCCCUCGCUUGAGCUGUGCCCCGCAGCAACUCCAGCCUUUGCCUGGCCUGGCAGUCCCAGCUGGCCGCCCAUGCUGGGCCCACCUUGAAGAUCAAGGAAGGAACACACUCCCUGUCCCCUGUGCCACUAGGCCAACUUGUCUGUUCGCUGGCAGCCGGGAGUGUAGAAGAUGCCACCCAGGUUCUGCCUCUCACACAUUUCUGCCUCCUGGGACGCCAGCUCCUCACUCAGGGCCUCUGAAGAGCAAUGUCUGGGCAAGAAGACCACGCACUGUCCUCAGCUCACACUCACCCACACUUACGCCCUCGUGCACGUGUGCCCGCACGUACGUACACACAGAUACAUGGUCAAACCUACCCUCACCCACCAGGAAACAUUAUAUUCAAAGAAAUCAGGAUGUUCCCUUUGUGGCUCAGCGGAUUAUGAACCCAACUCGUAUCCAUGAGGACGCAGGUUCGAUCCCUGGCUCUGCUCAGUGGGUUAAGGAUACGGCAUUGCCAUGAGCUGUGGUGCAGAUCACAGAUGCGGCUCAGAUGUGUGGCUGUGGCUGUCGCAUAGGCCAGCAGCUAUGGCUCCAACUCAACCCCUAGCCUGGGAACUUCCAUAUACUGCAGGUGUGGCCCUGAAAAAGCAAAAAAAAAAAAAAGAAUCAAAACUACAUCCCAGAGCCUGACUACAUUGGGGCAGCUGAGAACUGAGGGCUUUGGUUACCAAAACCCCAGGGGUCCCAUUCCAGGUCUCAGACCACCCUGGGGCCCUAUGUGGAUGUCCACAUUCUCCACAGGACUGGCCCCCUCCAGGCAUGAUCUUUUCCAGAAGGCCCUGUAUUUAUUCUCCCAUCUUCAUCCCAGCCGCCCAUCAAGAAGGAAGAGAUAUGGAGUCUCUCUCCCCGAAGAGUGUGUGGUCCCCAGGGCACCAUGCCAGGCUUUACCUGUCCCCCACGUAAGCUGUCUGGCUUCCCCUGGGAUGACACACAGGAGGGGCAACAUCCAGCCCAGGAUCAAACUGAGCCCAAUUCCAACACAAAGUGUUUGGAAAAACCCUUGCCCUUGGAAACUUGAAAGUAUCCUUUCCUCCUAGGCCUGGGUGCAGGAAAAGCCCCUCCAGGCCACCACUAUCUCACAUCUAAGAAGUUCAUGUAGUUUAAGUCCCAGCUUAGGAAACUCUUGCAGUUGUCUCAAGCAGCCUGGGCAUUCGCAGAAGGGAAGCCUCAUGCGGGCUGAUGGGGCAGGGGGGCACCCACGCCCCUUCUUUUUGAGUGCUUGGCCAGCCCAGGAUGUCCCUGGAGCUAGGGUUGUGACCCAGAUGCCUGCCAUGCCCUACCUGAGAGCCCAGCUCCUGCCACUUGGGAGCCUCAUCAUAUCCUCGGCCCUGAGAGUGACAGUACCCCCAGAGGUAGGCCACAGGCUCAGAUGAGACACAAGCAGAACCCAUGAUGGCCUGCCAUUGUCCCCUGUCCUGGAAAAAUAAAGCGAGAGCCUUGUGUUUCGGCUA